AUGUCAUCAUCACUAUUCGAAACCUCAUCUGAAAUGAAACAUUCUUCCACUUUCCAACAAGAAGAUUCCCAACACAACAACAUGUACUAUCUAAACAAUACCUCAAAGACAAUCCAAGAAGAACAACCUGAGGUUUUCAAAUAUUGGAAACAUGUCAAGAUUCUUCUCAAGAACAUUUUUAUCCUAAUCUACUUUUUCUCAUCGAGUUUAAUAACAAAAAUUGUUACCAUGUACAUGGCCAUUCCAAAUGUUAAGAUUUCUCAAGCACCUGCUCACGACAUUCUUCUUUCCAACUUGACGAAACCUAUUCGAAUCGCCUUUACUUUAUCAGAAACUAUCACUGGCUUACUCGUUGUUAUUCUCAUCACCUUGUCAAUAUUUAACAAAACUCAUCGAUUCUCCAUCAUGAGUAGGUUGCUAUUCAUCGUGGCGAGUAUCAUGAAUUUGAGAGCUGUUUGUAUUGCUGUUACAACUUUCAGCGUUCCAACAAUCGAAUAUUUGCAAACUUGUGGUCAAUUGCAAUCGUUGAAACCAGACGAAAGGUUUGUGAGGGCUGUUAAUAUUUUUGGGUUUAGUGGAGGAGAAACGUGUGGAGAUUAUGUUUUUUCAGGGCAUGCAACUUCGUUGAGUGUGGUUUGUUGGUUUGUUUGGUAUUAUUCGAAUAAGGAAUGGGUUGGAAGAAUCUGGACGAAUCUCUUGCUGAUUAUUUUGCAUAUUGUUGGAUGUUUGGGAAUAUUGUUGGCCAAAGAACAUUACACAGUUGAUGUUUUACUUGCUUGCACUAUUUCUCUUCUGGUUUGUCAAUUGUAUCAUUCGUAUUUGAAAGUUGCUUCGCUUGAACCACAUUCGAAAGGUUUAUUCUUUUCAGUAAUGGAAUUUGACUUGAGUGAAGAAACUGAAAAUGUGUUCGACAGCUCGAUAUUUGGUUAUCUUUACGAAAAAAUUGAUGGAAACAAAACUAAUUUCGAUCUAAUCUCAGACAAUGUAUAA